AAUGAGCUUCCGUUGUUAUAUACGUGUUGUAGGGGGUAUGGCGUGUUGUUUGUUAUACACACCCGCUAGCACAGACUUCUUUUUACUACGUCUACAAGUAUAGUUGCUAACCCAGCUCCAGGCUAGAAGCAAACGUGAGGCAGGGGUCGGUCUACGUACCAUGGCAGGGGUGCAUGAACAAGCCGAUGCGCCGCACGUGAUCGUGCUCGCCAGCCCCGGUGCGGGGCACGUCGUCCCGGUGGCCCAGCUCGCGGCGCGCCUCGCCGCGCGCCACGGGUUCACCGCCACGGUCGUCACCUUCACCAACCUGUCCUCGCGGGAGCACUCCACGGCGCUCGCCACCCUUCCCGCGGGCGUCUCCGUCGCCAAGCUCCCGGAGGUGUCCCUCGACGACCUCCCCCUCGACGCGCAUAUCGUGACCCGUAUCAUCACCGUCGUCCAGCGCACACUGCCGCACCUCCGUGACAUGCUACGCUCGCUCCUGGGCUCCCCGGCUGGCGUCACGGCUUUCUUGACAGACAUGCUCUGCCCCGCCGCGCUCGCCGUCGCCGAGGAGCUCGGCGUGCCGCGGUACGUCUUCUGCACGUCGAGCCUCAUGUGUCUGGCCACUUUGCUCUACACGCCGGAGCUCGCGAGGACCACCACCGGCGAGUGCCGCGACCUCCCGGAGCCCGUCCUCCUGCCGGGGUGCAUGCCGCUGCGCGGCGUCGACCUCAUCGAGCCCAUUCAGGAUCGCACCAACCCCGUGUACGCCCUCAUGGUCGACCUGGGCCUCGACUACCUCCGCGCCGACGGCUUCAUCGUCAACACCUUCGACGGCAUGGAGCACGAGACCUUGUUGGCGUUUAAAGAGCAUUCCGACAAGGGCGUGUACCCUCCGGCCUACGCGGUCGGCCCGUUCGUCCGGUCGUGCUCCGACAAAGCAGCCGAGCACGUUUGCAUGACGUGGCUGGAUGAGCAGCCGGAAGGGUCGGUCUUGUACGUGUGCUUCGGCAGCGGCGGCACGCUGUCCACGGAGCAGACUGCCGAGCUCGCGGCCGGGCUGGAGGCGAGCGGGCAGAGGUUCCUGUGGGUGGUGCGUCUCCCCAGCGACAAGGACAGCAGCGCCGGCUACUUCGGGACGGUGGACCACGGUGACGACCCGCUGAGCUACCUGCCCGAGGGGUUCGUCGAGAGGACCCGAGGCAUGGGGCUCCUCUUGUCACAGUCCGCGCCGCAGGUGGAGAUCCUGAACCACCGCGCAGUCGGCGGGUUCCUGUCGCACUGCGGCUGGAACUCGACGCUGGAGGCCGUGGCCGCGGGGGUGCCGAUGCUGGCGUGGCCGCUGUUCGCCGAGCAGAGGAUGAACGCGGUGAAGCUGUCGUCCGAGGGCAUGGGCAUGGCGCUGCGGGUGACGGCACGGGAGGAGGACGGGGUGGUGCCGCGGGAGGAGGUGGCCGCGGUGGCUACAGAGCUUAUGGUUGGAGAGGAGGGUGCGGCGGCGCGGAAGAAGGCACACGAGCUCCAAGCGGAGGCACAGAAGGCGGUGGUGCCUGGCGGGCCCGCGCACCAGGAGCUCGCGGCCGUCGUCGGCAAGUGGGAUCGGAAGCGCGCAGUUCCAGUUGAAACUAAUGGAGUCUCCAGUUCAAAAAAUGAAACUGAUGGAGUAUUGGAGUGUGAAGAGCCACUGCCGUGACGCGUGCUUUGCCGGCGCGGUCUCUGACUUUGGUAAAUUUUUAUCGGUAAUUUGUACUAUGUCUGUACCGCAUGCUAUGCUAUAUGAUGUUCUGUAAGUGCUAUUAUUCAUGGACAUGGACGCCAGCAAAUUUAGUAACACGUAAACUCACAUCUAUCGUUGUACUUACACUACUAAGUACUGCAUUCUGUUCUAUGGAACGAAUGUUAUUUUGUAACAAGUUCAUGUUUGAAUCCAUCCCAAAUCCGAAUUUCUAUA